UAUUAAUUCCAAACUCUUUGAGGAAAAUGAAAACGUUCUUAACCUCUCCAGGCAAAGAAUCCUCUUGCUUAUACUUGUGCUCACAAAAAGCAGGAAUGUUAUUUUUUUUUAAUGCAAGUCAUACUGAGUUCUUCUUCGGUUCAUGGACAAAGAGCGUCUUGGUUUUCUGACUACGAAAAAUAUAAACCGACUCAUCAUGGUAAACACUUCAUCCUUGGCAUACCCUCACUGGGAAAAACAAAUUACAUAUCACUGAGGGCCUUGUUUAAAACAAACGUCACCAUCAGUACAAUGUUCUCCAAAUCGAUCUUCUCCAUUUUAAUCGACGCUGGAAAAGCCUUCGAGUAUAAGGUUCCUGAUUCGCUUCUGGCCAGAGGUAGUGGAUGGGGACAAAAAGGCCUGGAAAUUAAUUCCACACAAGAUAUUGCUGUUGUAGUUUUGUUACGAGAUAAAAGUCCAGAUUCAGACGCGUUUCUUGCAUUACCAACAAAUGUCUUGGGAAAAGAAUAUGUUUUACCAUCGUGGAAUGUUGGCACAUCAAGAGUGUUGAUUGUCUCAAGCGAAAAUGAUACAAUCAUCAAAGUGAAAUUGCGAUUGGAUUCCGGAAAUCUUUACUACGAAGGACAUUCAUACGACGACGGUGAUAUUUUCUCUAAAAAGUUUCAAAAGCUCGAAACAGUGUGUCUCGUUCGUAAUGUCGACUUGUCAGGGACUAUUGUGACGGCGAACAAACCUAUAGCUGUCAUUUCAGCUAAAGAAAACACUCGAGUUUAUGGCGGUAACUUUGAUAAUAUGGCUACAUUUUUGUUGCCAGUGAAGCAUUGGGGAAAUAAGUUUAUGCUGCCAAAUGUGGGAUCGUUGAACAAUGGAAAUAUCUUUCGGGUGUUUGUCGCAAAGUCUAACACGAUUGUGGUCCAGCAAAAAAGCAAAUCAACUUUACAUCCGAGAAAUUUUAAGCAGAUAAAUCGUAAUAAUGGCUCGUACAUCAGCUGCAGUAAACCAUGUCAGGUUGUUAUGUACACAAAAGGGCAGCGUUCAUAUGAUAGCUUUUCUUACGUUGCCUCAUCCAUGAUCAAUCUUCCAUCGACUGACCAUUAUCUUCCAUUUUAUAAAGUUACAGCAUUGGCACGAACAUACUAUCGACAUUCAGUUGCCAUUGUUAUUAAAGAAUAUGCUAAAGAUGGUUUGCUGGUAAAUGGUCAAAGUUUGAGUAGCUUCACUUGGAAAACUAUAAAGGGAACUAAAUUUUGCUGGAUUGUGGCAAACCUGAAGACAAAUGAUCGUGUAAUUACGCACAGCGUUGCAGGAGUAAGAUUUGGCUUGCUCGUUUAUGGCGCAAGUAACUCUGCGUCAUAUGGCUAUCCAGGAGGAUUUACCUUCCAGAAGAAAAUCGAAGAAUCGAAAGCCUGUCGAAGAAGGUUAGAUCUUGGUUUCGUGCUGGAUAGUUCUGGCAGUGUGUCGACGACAAACUAUGACAAGAUGAAGGCAUUUGUUAAAGACUUGACAAGCUUUUUCGUCGUAAAGCCAGACGAAACAAGAGUUUCAGUGAUGUCAUUUUCAAAUGACGCAACCAUUCACUUUCCACUUUCUCGACAGUUUGACGAUCAUGCUGAACUUAUAUCAGCCAUUGAUAACGUCGGUUAUACCGGUGGAGGAACAGCGACGGCUUUAGCUUUGAACAAGGCAUAUCAGGAUAUGUUCCAGGUGAAAAACGGCGCAAGGCAGAUAGGUGCAACAAAGGUUCUUAUUAUUCUUACUGAUGGUCAAAGUAACGGUGGAGUGAAAGGACCAGCAGAAAAGCUAAAACAAUCAAAUGUAAUCAUAUUUUGUGUUGGGAUUGGCCAAAAUAUAAACAUGGAUGAACUAAAUGUGAUGGCGUCCCAACCAAAAGAGCAGCGGGUGAUUUUGUUGGAAAAUUUUCAAGAGUUAUCAUCAUUGGCAAAAAAGAUGUCGUCAAAAGCUUGCAACGUUUCUCGUUUUGAUGUAACCUGUAAUAAAGCCUGGAUGAGCCUUACCUACGACAAGAGCUCCCUGCCUAAAUUCAUUAAGAUAAACGAACUGGUACUAAAGGAUCAUUCUUGCAAACCAACACAAAACAAAACUCACAUCAUAGCUAAAACAAACCUGAAUAGUUGUGGAACGACGUAUCGUGAAACAGCACAAGAGAUUAUCUUUACAAACGCAAUUACGACUUCCAGGAACAGAAGCGACGGCUCAAUCAUCACCCGAGAGAAAGAAAUCAGUCUGAAAUUCAGCUGCAUCUAUGAUCGUAUGAAAACUGUGGGCUCCUUCAACUUUCUACCUGCAAGGCAACAACUAACUAUAAAUGAAAAAAGUUUUGGAAAUUUCACUAUAUCGAUGAACUUCUACACAGACGACACAUAUCAAAAUAUGUACGACGAAGAUGAUUAUCCAGUGACGACAAGACUUUCGGAUCAUAUCUACGUUGAGUAUUCUGUUGAUAGCAGCAAUAGUGGAGUUGUUAUUCGAGCCAAAAGUUGUCGUGCCACGCCAUCAAACAAACCGAAUGACCAACCACAGUAUGUCUUUAUUGACAAUGGUUGUGAUAGAGAUUCAACGAUUCGCCAUGCUACAUCCGGACUAAGAAGAAAUCAUCGCUUUAGCAUUCAAGCAUUUAGCUUUGUGACUGAACAUCGCUACGUAUAUUUUCAUUGUAACCUAAUCCUCUGCCACAAGAACACGGCCAAAAGUAUUUGCGGUAAAAGUACAGAUUGUUCGUCACGAAAACGUCGCGAUGUCGGAUCGGAGGAUGACGACACGAAAUCUUAUCGGCUAUCAACAGGACCUGUUAUAUAUCGAGAAAAAAAGGAAACCGCCAAUUCUAAAGGUGAAUCGUUGAUCAUGACUCGUGGUACUAUUAUUGGCUUGUUGUUUGGAGUAGUGAUACUUGCUGUUCUUCUGAUCCUUAUUGUGUGUCGUCUGGUAAUUCGCAAACAUCAAAACAAAUAUGAUACUAAAAAGAAUGUACAGGUUCUUUCAAUGUACAAUAUGGUGGAAAUUCCACAUUGAAAACUGUUUCCUAACAUAUAAUAUAUUUAUUUACGUAUAUGAACAUUAAUUGUUUUGUCUUGAGAGGAUGUUUUUCCACAGAACAAGUAAACCAUCUAUGAAAUUAUAUAUUACUAUACAUUACAUAACUAGUAGAUGACGAAUUUGUUUUAAUACUAUACUUAUAACCAUUAAAAAACAAUUCAAAAGAAA